AAUAAUAAUAAUACCACAGCACGCGUAAUAAUAUAAUUAUGUGGGUAUAAUUAUACGUUCCGCUUCUGUCCUAUCUCCUAUGAUCAAAUUCCAUUAUCAAGGUAAUUAUUAACACGGCGCACUGAUGACCUGUGACGCCAGAUCAUGGAUUGUCGGCCAGAUUUCUCCAUGUAGGCUUGUCCAGAGCGAUGGCCCUCACAUUCCCCAGCUGACUGCUGCGCUUCAAGUCGAUGUUCCUCCUCUGUAAGUCGCUUGUGAUGCGCGUCGCAAUGGAUGUCCUUGGACGUCCACGCCCAGCCUUGGCAUCUCCCGCAAAAUAGCCCGUCAGCGCGAUCCAUGGCGGCGCAUCCCUGUCCAUACGGAGAAUAUGGCCGGUUAGCUGCCAUCUUCUCCUGUCCACGAUGUCAGAUAGUGGUUCCGUGUUGCACCUCUCAUACAGCUCAGUAUUUGAUAUCCUGGCUGGGUAGACUAUGCCAAUGAGGGCUCAUGAUUGCUACAUUGUAUAUCAACGCUUGCACUACGUGAAGACAAACACUGCAACAGUUUACACUUGCCUUCGCGAGGUUCCUCAUCAUGUUUUACCAAUUAGCCACCGUGUAUGGCACCUGGGCCACCACCUGUUUUCAUUCCUGUUAUUACACAUUGGGCGCUUUCGAUUACACGCAUUUCGGUCAAUUCUAGAAUUAGUUAUUGUUGAUGCACAGUUCGAUUACACAAAAAGUGACAAAUCCCGUCGUUAGAAUUGAUUUUAUCCAAUUCCGUCGAAUCCAUCAAUUCUGAAGAGAAGGCGGAAUUUCUCUAAUUCUGGCGCCAGAAUUGCACUGUCGGUGUGUUACCGGUUUGGUCAUGACUCAAGCGCGCGAAGAGCCUCCCUGGCCGGCGUGUGCGCGAUGCUAGGUCCACGUGCGCGCGAUCGAUCGCGAGGGUGUACGUGAUCUUUUUGCGAUUCAUCAAUUUCGUUUGUGACAUGACAUGAAUAAAAUGCGUUGUGAAUUCCAGUCGUUCGUUUACAAGUCCGGAAUACGCUCAUUCUGGUCAUUCCAGAAUAAAAAAAACAGUUCCAGAAUUGUGUAAACGUGUAAUCGAAAGCGCCCAUUGUACAGUAAAACCUGUCAAGGCGACCACUCGGAUAAGGCGACCACCUGUCCUAGAAGACCACUGAAACCAGGACCAAGUGAUGCUAUUUCCAGUCAAUAACCCUGGAUAAGGAGACCACCUGGUAACAGACACCACGUUUUGAAGGUCCCGUGAGCGGUCGUCUUAGACAGGUCUCACUGUAUUUCCCAACCUAUUGUUGGGUUACUCUCCCUCUCCAUUCCCAUCACGUAUAAAUGUGCACACUGUCAAGAAAGACCAAUGAGCGGAGUGGGUGAAAACAGCAAAAGAGAACAUGAGAAGGACGCACAUGUAGCAACAUCAAUGAUGACAGCAUAGGUUGCCACUUCUCUCCGCUAUCAGGCUUGGUAUUGACGACACCCUGAUAUUGAUACAUGCAUCGAUAAUAAUGUUGCAUUGGCUGCACCUUAGUCCAGAGUCGCUCAGGCCGGAUGAGCUUCUUUUGAUCCCUGCUGGGUGUGUGUACGGUGACUGGUGUUUCUCCGAACAGUAGCCAAUCAAGCAGUUUAUCUCAAUAUUGGUUCAUCAUACAAUGAAUGUUUUCAGCCAUAAAGAAGGGAAAAAGAAACAAAAAACAGUUGCAACUUUCGUGAUGAGUCCAUCCCACACUUUGGUAGUUCUUUGACCCUCAGGGAUCAGGUCAUGAUAUUCCACACCCUCCUACUAUGACAUACACCAGCUCCAGCACCUGACAGUGACACUGAUACGUGUCAAGAUAAGGCCAAAAACUACAGCCUGCUGACAGUGCCUUUGAUCCGCGCUCUAUCUCCUAGCUAAUGCUUCGUUUGGUUGUGUUGUCACAUAUUAUAGUCAUGUAUAUUGGCUGAUGACCAUCACCCCCUCAGUCUGCGAGGCAUACAAUUUUAGAAUCGUAUCGUAUCGCGUACAACCGCAUUCCGUGUUGAUCGACAGCAGGUGGCAAAAAAUAGGGCUGGUGGUAUUUGUAAAAGAUAUUGUCAUACGAUCACCAUAUGCACCAACUGGUGAGUCAACAAGAUGCCCUUAUGACGCCAGUAAUGAAAGCCAGAACCUGUCAACCUGACAAACACGGACCGCAUGCAUGUACCGUCCUCGCCUGGAGUCACUGAGCAAGCAGCAGCUAAUAUCGCCAAGCAGCCUGCUAUCCUUGCCUAGAACUCUAGCACUACGCUCGUUGGCUCAGGAACCGAGGAGAUGAGCGGUGACAUUUCUUUGUGAGAAAUUGGCUAUCCGUCGGAGGUUUGUGUGUUCUAGUAACCUCUCAAACGGUGCGAUUAUUCAUUUGGAUGCCGGAGCUGCUGCGACUCGGUGAAGCAAAAUCGCUCUACUAGCUCCCAUGCCAUUUGCCCGCACCUAAGCAUGGUUCCCAUCACAGUUUCAAUGGAGAGAAAGGCGCUGCAUUCAAUGGACGCAGAGUCCGACGUGCCCACUUUGCCAGCAAAGACUGGGCCACCCGAGGGGAAGACUCGCGUUACAUCAACUUCCAGCUAUUUCCCUACCCCGCUGUAUGCCAGCGUUAGACUGGCCAGUGGCAAGCUUGCUCCGGUGUCUCCGGUGUACCGAACACACAAUGCUCACGACUCGGGGAACGGUGGGAGAACAUUUGAGGUUCUCGUGAUACUGGCAGUUGUUCUAUUGGUUGUAGGGGGUGUGGCACUGCUCGUUGCUGGCCUGCUUAUUCACCAAAUGUGGCUGGUGGGAGUUGGAGUUGUUCUGAUGGUCGUUCCACCAUUCGCCUUUUUCAACGUCGUCAGUAUCUACUCCAGAAGGUCUCUUCAAGAGAAGGUAGCGCCAGCAGGGUACGACGCCAACUUGGCCAGCGUGUCUGAUCCUACCAAGAGCACACUGCCUGCUGCCCGCAGAGUUCUCUUCAUGACGCUGGAUUCGAAGCCUGUUGUCGAUGACGUGUUCGCUAUGUCGCCGAGCGAGACGGAGAAAAUCAGUUUGGCCACGGGAACAAGCUAUGAGAAACGAUCGCCACGUCCAUUUGCUACGCCAGAUCCUGCCCAAUCUACGUCUACAAUGCCAGGAGCCGUUUCAAACCUGGGCCUUAUACCAGAGCAAGUGGAAUGAGUGUAGGUCGAGGACAUAAAACAGCACAAAUAUUCCAAAUUUUGAUUUUCACAAAUUGCCGACAUAUGAUUAUUAUAAACUUGAGAUAAACUCUGCUUGACUGCGUUCACAAUUUUGAUCAUUUUUCAAGACUUUUGCCUUUAAUAUAAGUUCCUAUCUAUCUUAGCUUGACCUACCACGACGAAGUUCUGAAAACGAUUCACUGUUUUAUUGGUACUCGAGAUGCCCACUAUAUUAUCAAUAAUCAUCACUGUGCCAUUUGUGGUGAACACAAUCAUCUUUUUUUCUUUUCUUUUCUUUUUUACAACGACCACAGCUCACAGGGAAAGACAAACAAAUUGCA